CUUGUUCGCUGCUUGCUUCUCACCGCUGUCAAGCUUGUUCAAAUCUCUCCAGUUUGCCCCUUUCGGCCAGAAAGUAGGGAGUGUUGAACGUUUUCCUCUGCAGGACGUUUAAUUAAUUUACCAGUUCUGCUGCGUGUCAGGAUUAGAAGAAAAUGGUUCUCGAUUUGGAUCUGUUUCGCACGGAUAAAGGUGGUGAUCCUGAAAAAGUGAAGGAGAUACAAGCGAAGCGAUUUAAAGAUGUGUCGCUUGUGGACAAACUGGUACACGCAGAUGCAGAAUGGAGAAAAUGUCGUUUUGUAGCUGACAACUUGAAUAAAGCUAAGAACCUGUGCAGCAAGACCAUUGGAGAAAAGAUGAAGAAGAAGGAGCCGGUGGGGGAUGAUGACUCGGUCCCAGAAGACGCACAGAACCUGGAGGAGCUGACGGCAGAGACUCUCUCGGCUCUCACAGUGACUCAGAUUAAGCAGGUUCGGCUGAUGGUGGACGAGGCCGUGCAGAAAGGGGACAGUCAGAGGCUGAAACUGGAGGAACAGAGGUUUGAGUACCUGCGCGAGAUCGGCAACCUGCUGCACCCCAGUGUACCGAUCAGCAACGACGAGGACGAGGGUAACUUGGUGGAACGUACGUGGGGCGACUGCGCAGUGCAGAAGAAGUACUCCCACGUGGACCUGGUGGUGAUGGUGGAUGGUUACGAGGGGGAGAAGGGAGCCAUAGUGGCAGGGAGCCGGGGGUACUUCCUUAAGGGGCCACUGGUUUUCCUGGAGCAGGCACUGAUCCAGUACGCCCUGCAGACACUCUACGGGAAGAACUACACCCCCCUGUACACACCCUUCUUCAUGAGGAAGGAGGUCAUGCAAGAGGUUGCUCAGCUCAGCCAGUUUGACGAAGAACUCUACAAGGUUAUUGGGAAGGGCAGUGAGCGCUCAGAUGAUGCUUCGCUGGAUGAAAAGUACCUGAUUGCCACCUCAGAGCAGCCAAUCGCUGCCUUCCUGCGAGAGGAGUGGCUGAAGCCGGAGGACCUCCCCAUACGCUUUGCUGGAAUCUCCACCUGCUUCCGACAGGAAGUGGGCUCACAUGGCCGGGACACCCGCGGGAUCUUCCGUGUGCACCAGUUUGAGAAGAUUGAGCAAUUUGUGUUCUCCUCUCCUCAUGACAACAAGUCUUGGGAGAUGUUCGACGAGAUGAUUGAAACUGCAGAAGAGUUUUACCAGUCUCUCGGGAUUCCCUAUCGCAUUGUCAACAUUGUUUCAGGUGCUCUGAACCAUGCAGCCAGUAAGAAGCUGGACCUGGAGGCCUGGUUUCCGGGAUCCUCGGCAUUCCGGGAGCUGGUGUCCUGUUCCAACUGCACGGACUACCAGGCACGGCGUCUGCGCAUUCGCUACGGCCAGACCAAGAAGAUGAUGGAUAAGGCCGAGUUUGUGCACAUGCUCAACGCCACCAUGUGUGCCUCCACUCGUGUCAUCUGCGCCAUCUUGGAAAACUACCAGACGGAAGAGGGUGUGGUCAUCCCUGAGAAACUGCGGCCAUUUAUGCCCCCAGGGCUGAAGGAACUCAUCCGCUUCGUGAAGCCUGCACCCAUUGACCAGGAACUGUCCAAAAAGCAGAAGAAACAGCAGGAAGGAGGGAAGAAGAAGAAGGAUGGAGAACGUACCGUCCAGCACGGAGUGGAGAGCAUGUCCAUCAAUAAAUCCUGAAUCGCCUAAUAAUUCUGUAUCCCCCACCCCCUCCUCAGCCAUCAAAUUUCUCCCACAGUCCCCCACCGAAACCUAACCCAAUAUUGCACUGCACUCGGGACCUGCCAUUUACUCAGGGUUUCUCUCCGCUCUGCACUCCCCAUCCCCUUGUCCUUUAGGCCUGGUGAGGAGAGCUGUUUGAAAACCCUUAUGUUAACCUUAAUCUAAGGUUAGUGCUUUAAAACCAAGUUCCUGCAAGGUACAAGAUGCAGUCUGACCACACGUGACAAAACAAUUAAGUGCAUCAAUGGCCUUAUUUAAGUGCAGUAAAGCAAAUCUUUGGGAAUUAGUUGUGGACCCCAAAUUCUGCAGUUGUUAUUAUAGACCUUUAUGCCCUGACCAGAGCAUUUAAUGUAAGGUAAAAUCAUGAAAUUAGCUGCCAGCAGACCCAUAUGAUGCUUUCAAUUCCUCUUCUCCCUCCAUUCUUUUCUGUCCAUAAAAGCAUCUGCUUCUCUAAGGUUGUUUGUGAUGGUUUCUGUUGAUUCUUGUAAUGAAAUAUAAUCGAAUCACUUCUGAAGGGUAGUAGCUAAGGUUACUCAUAAUAAAUGUUGCCAUCUUAAUGUU